AUGGGGAAAGAGGUUGGUGUAAGGUGCUUGCCCAGCGUUGCGGCAGAGCCCCCAGUCCUCCCAGAGAGCAUUCAGGUGCCGUACGCCCGGGCGCGCCCCGAGACAGGCAGGGCAGGGGAUCUGAUCUCCGGCCCCAGCGGCCCAGCGCCGGCCCGGGGCCGCGAGGGGUCGGGGGAGCCCGGGGGGGCCCCGCGCCUGGGCCGCCGCUGCUUGCAGGAACGUUGCCUGUUGCCCAAGGUGGUGGGCAGAUGCCGGGCCUCCUUCCCGCGCUGGUGGUACAAUGCCACGAGCCGGACGUGCCAGCGUUUCACCUAUGGCGGCUGUGGGGCCAAUCUCAACAACUUCCUGGUGGAGGACGAGUGCCGGGUGACAUGCACUGUGGCCACAGAUGGGGAGAACUCGAAUGAGAUUCCGCAGGACAGCCAGAGAGUAGUGCAGAGCGCAGAUGAGUCCUGUACUGCGCCCCGCCUGACUGGCCCCUGCCGCGCUGCCUUCCCCCGCUGGUACUACGACCCAGCCGCCGGGGCCUGCAAGCAGUUCAUCUAUGGGGGCUGCAAGGGCAACAAGAACAACUACCUGCGGGAGGAGCUGUGUCUGCGCCAGUGCAGCGGGGCCACAGGCGGUGCUGAGGAGCCCGAGCCGGGCGUUCACUCCAGCAGAGUGGUGGCCCUGGCCGUGCUGCUGGCCAUCCUUGUUGCUGUCCUGCUGGGCUCCGUGGUCGUCUUCUUCGUCUGGCUGUGCAGGAGGAGCCAGGAGCUGUCCCUGAGCGUGCCCUGGAGCCCGCUGGACGACAAGGAGUAUCUGAUGAGCAACGCCUACACACUGUGAGGCCGGGCGGCUGGCCCGUGGGCUGCCCCUGCUCCAUUGGGCCUCGCCCGUGUGCACAGCAGAGAGUGACUGGAGCCGGCUGUGUAGGAAUAUCCCUGGGUCAUAAACUCCCUGCACCAGCAUCCGCUGUGUUUGUGGCCCGGCCACACGGGCGGGGCCUUCGCUGCACCCAGGCCUCUUUCUCAGGGGCUUGCUUCCAGUUUUUUAAAGUUUUUUUUUUUUUACCAGAAUAAUUAGUGUGAAACCUGCUAGUGGCAGCUGCCUGAGAUCUCAGACACCUGCCCACCCCAGCUGCAGCCAGCAGGGCCUUGCUGAGGCUUGGUGGCAUCUGGUGCUGUUCCUCUGCUUAACGAGCCUUUAUAAUCGGGGGGGUGGGAGGAGAUUUAAAUAGCCAGAUCCCCAGGAGUGCCGGCCACAUGCUGCCUGUGCCUGCCUGCGGGGCCCCCUUCCGUAGAGCGCGGAGCGGCUGCUGGGGGUCCUGCCCUGUGGGGCUGCUCAGGGGCUUGGUAGCAGGAUGUUCCCGGUAGGCAGCAUCAGGAAGGGGGGGAGGGGGGAGCUGUUAGCCCCACAGGCAGCAGGUCUGGAAUUCUGUGAGCAGUCUGCCCUGCCCCCAACCACCCCCAUCUGCUCUGCCUGGGGGACCCCAAGGCACCUAGAGGGUAGCAGUGGCUCCUGCCCCCCAGUGUGGCAUGGAUAUGGUGCCAUGCUGGCUGUAACUUCCUGGCACCCGGGGAUUGCAGUUGCAGCACCGUGGCUGCGGCUAGGGUGGGUGACCCAAACCCUGGCCCCGUAACACCCUGGGGACAGGGAGCUCCUGCGCUGGAGGGGCCUGGCACUGCCUGGGCCCUGGCUUCCUUGGGGGUAUAUUUCCCCCUCCCUGCAUUCCUACCAAGUGUCUGAGCUGCCCCGUCCCUGCAGAGCGGUGCUCCCGGCCCAGGCCGGGGAUCCCAGCAUCACUACCCCUGCAGAGUGGUGCUCCUGGUCCGUGGUGGAGCAGGGCAUUUCUGCAGCCCCCACUCCAAAGCCUUUCCAUGGCAUAAACCUUAUUGAAACACACCAGGAAACUCAGAGUUGGGGGGGGGGGGGGGGGGUGCUCACUCCCUCCUUUUCCAGCUCCACCUCUGCUCGGUGUCUGACACCAGCCAGCACCUAGGCAUGCUCCCAGUGCUGUUGGGGGCUCUAGUGUCUGAGCCCCACAUCAUGGGUGUCGCUGGCAGGGUUGUUUUAGAGGGGGGGGAUGUGGAGCUCGCCCAAGUGCGAGGGGCGGAGUCAGGCACUCGGCUGGGCUAGCUGUUAAAUUUGUUUUUUUACACUGAGGUUUCUUUGAAUAAAGGAAAAAAGGAAA